CCGCUUCUCACCUUAGAAGACUUUAGGUUUCGCGGGCCCGUUGGUGUCUGUCUAGGUCAAGCGCCUUAUAUCACACCAGGACUCUUCGUCGGUCGUAGCUCCGAGCUCCAUGAAAUCGCACAGGUUUUACAGAGUCUUCACACUUCUCACAAGCAACAGCGCCUUCUUAUCGUGGAUCAUAGCUCAGUAUUUUGGCUGAAUGCAGCAUCCGAGGCCGCACUGAAAGACAGUUUUCGAUCGGUUGCCUCCCUCAUCUUCUCCGUACAGGAUCCGGGGGUCUUGCAAGGUAAUGCGAUUGUGGGACAUGUACAUCAGUGGCUGUCUGAUUUAAGAAAUACUGGAUGGCUUUUGGUCUUUGAUAACUAUGAUGAACCCAGCCAAUUUGAGAUCAACGACUAUUAUCCACCCGCCUCUCAUGGGACUGUUGUAGUCACCACCCGACGGCCAGAUCUUGUUGCAGGAAGUACUCUGCAUAUAAAGCCUUUACGGAACAUUGAAGAUGGCCUUGCAAUUCUGCAGUCCCGAACCGGCUUUACUUUUGAGCGCUAUUUGCAAGAGUACGAGACACGUUUGAAUAUUGAUCCCCGCCGCCCCACCAAGCUCCAAGAAUAUCGUCAACAUACCCUUUACACGACUUGGGAUCUAUCAUACGAUCAUCUGAAGAUCGAAGAUCCUGACGCGGCGAAGUUCCUUAGGUUGCUGGCCUACUUCGAUAACCAAAGCCUUUGGUACGAGCUAUUUCGUGGCGGACUUACGAGUAAUUCUCACGAGUGGCUUCGUGAAGUGGUUGCAAACGACGUGACUUUCCACGGAGUGAUGGGGAUCCUGAGCCAGUACUACUUUCUAGAAGUUGACAGAACAUCAGGAUCAUGA